AUGAACUCUUGGCUGAUUGGUCUAAUAAUAAUAUGGUUAUUUACACCCAUAACGGGGUAUCUAAUUAUACCUUACUUCUUUUAUGGCACCAAGUCAAUUAAAAAUAGAAUCAUCAUUGUUGUAUUGGGUGACAUUGGAAGAUCUCCUAGAAUGUGUUAUCAUGCCACUAGUUUUGCAGAUAAAGGUUUUGAUGUUGAAUUUAUUGGCUAUAAAGACAGCGAAAUCCCUGAUUGCAUUUCCAAAGAGAGAAAAAGGAGUAUAACUAUCCAUGAUAUAUCAUACAUCGCAGUUAAUACUAAAAAUAAGAGUGUAAUCUCAAUAAUGGUUACCAAAGUAUUUAGACAAACCUUCCAGCUCAUCAAAAUAUUGUGGAAUUUGAGAGGCAGUGAUUACAUAUUGGUCCAAAAUCCUCCUUCAAUUCCAAUUCUACCUAUAGCUUGUUUCUAUAAAUUCAUCUUUCGCACCAAAUUAAUUAUAGAUUGGCACAAUUUUGGUUAUACCAUAUUAAAGUUAAAGUUAGCUAAAUUCCACCCUUUUGUAAUUGUUUAUUUUAUGGUGGAAUUCAUAUUUAGUAGGUUCGCUGACUACCACCUGACUGUAACCAAUGCAAUGAAAGACUAUUUAAUACAAACAUUUAAGUUGCCAAGUAAAAAAAUCUCAACAUUACAUGAUCGCCCUGGUCCUCAGUUUAAACCUCUGCCAGAAGAAGACCGUUGUAUGCUACUAUCAAAAAACCCACCUUCUUUUAUAUCCGAAUAUUUACAGAAAGCCAAUUUUAAGUAUGGUAAGGAUAAAAUAUUAGUUACUUCAACUUCAUUUACACCGGACGAGGACUUAGAGGUAUUGUUAACAGGCUUAAAAAUUUUUAAUCAAUCUUAUGCGAAGGAUACCGAUCAAAAUUUACUAUGUUUCAUCACUGGUAAAGGCCCAUUAAAGCCCUACUAUCAAAAAAAAGUGAAUGAGAUGAAAUUAGAGCAUGUUAAAAUAUAUUUUCUUUGGUUACAGAGUGAAGAUUAUCCUAAAUUAUUGCAAUUAUGUGAUUUUGGUGUAUCCCUACAUAUGUCUUCUUCUGGAUUGGAUUUGCCAAUGAAAAUUUUGGAUAUGUUUGGAAGUGGUAUUCCAGUUAUCGCAUAUAGCUAUGAUACUUUAGAUGAAUUAGUAAAACAUGGUGUUAACGGAUAUCGUUUUCAAAACCCACGAAUUUUAGCUGAGAGUAUUGGGUUUAUUUGCAAUCCAAACAACUAUAAUACUUUAAGGACUAAUGUUUUGAACGAAAGUAAAAUAAAAUGGCAAUCUAGUUGGGAAAAUUCAAUGAUUAAGGAGCUAAAAAUAGUUAAACAGAGAUAA